AUGGAAGCAGUUAUCCAUUCUCAAUCUGAUACAACAGUACAAACAGUGACACCUUCCAAUCAAGUCUCAUCUCAACAACAAACACAACAGGCAUUUACCGUUUCAUCUACAACACGAAGUUCAAAUAAAGAGGAUAAUCAUCAUGCAUUAUCAGUAAAUGAUCGUCCACCAUCAUUAUCUAAUAUAGCAAAUUCUCAACAUUCUAUUUGUUGUGCUGAAUGUCCAUCACAAUCAAUAAAUAUUUCAAAUGCAACACCUAAUACAACAUUAUCUCAUUUACAUUUUCAAAAUCGAAUAGAUGUUGAUUGUGAAACUGAAUCUAAUCAUGAUACAGCAUUAACAUUAUCAUGUGCUGGUGGUCAUGAAGAACUUGUUACAUUACUUUUACAACGUGGUGCAAAUAUUGAACAUCGUGAUAAGAAAGGUUUUACACCUUUGAUACUUGCUGCUACUGCUGGUCAUGCUAAUAUUGUAGCACGAUUACUUGAAAAUGGUGCCAAUAUUGAAGCUCAAUCAGAAAGAACAAAAGAUACAGCAUUAUCAUUAGCGUGUAGUGGUGGAAGACAAGAAGUUGUUGAAGUUUUGUUGAAGAAAGGAGCCAAUCGUGAACAUAGAAAUGUUUCAGAUUAUACUGCUUUGAGUCUUGCUGCUUCUGGUGGAUAUGUGAAUAUAAUAAGAUUAUUAUUAAAUUAUGGUGCAGAAAUUAAUUCAAGAACUGGUAGUAAAUUAGGAAUAACUCCAUUAAUGCUUGCUUCGAUGAAUGGACAUGUAGCUGCUGUUAAACUUCUAUUAGAUAUGGGUUCUGAUAUAAAUGCUCAGAUUGAAACAAAUCGCAAUACUGCAUUAACAUUAGCUUGUUUUCAAGGACGAGCUGAAGUUGUUUCAUUAUUAGUUGAUCGAAAAGCAAAUAUUGAACAUAGAGCAAAAACUGGUUUAACACCUCUAAUGGAAUCUGCAUCGGGUGGUUAUGUGGAUGUUGGUCGAGUUCUAUUAGAACGAGGUGCUGAUGUUAAUGCACCACCGGUACCAACAUCAAAAGAUACUGCUUUAACAAUUGCUGCUGAUAAAGGUCAUCAUAAAUUUGUUGAAUUACUUCUUCUUUAUGGUGCCACUAUUGAUGUUCGAAAUAAAAAAGGUGCCACACCAUUAUGGCUUGCUUGUAAUAAUGGUCAUUUAGAAGUUGUUCAAUUACUUGUAACACGUUUUGCUAAUCCAGAUUCAAGUGAUUCACGAAAAGUUUCUUGUCUUAUGGCUGCUUUUCGUAAAGGACAUUGUAAAGUAGUUAAAUAUUUAGUUCGUCAAGUUCGACAAUUUCCAUCCGAUGCUGAUUGUCGUCGUUUAAUAAGUACAAUAACUGACAAGGAUCUGCUAAAAAGAUGUCAAACAUGUAUGGAUCAAAUAAUAUCAGCUAAAGAACGACAAGCAGCUGAAGCAAAUAAAGCUGCUAAUAGUUUAUUAAAAGAAAUUGAUUUAGAAAAAUCUCGUGAAGAGACUCGGAAAGUAGCUGCUGCAAAAAAGCGUGAAAAACGUAAAGCUAAAAAAAAAGGUAAACAAAAAUCAAAUACAACUGAAUCAACAACAACAACAUCUGUAAAAGCUGAUGAACAACAACAACAACAGCAACAGCAGCAGGAAGAAGAACAUGAAGAAGAAGAACAUAAUGAAAAUGAAGAACUAAUUCAUCAAGAAAAUCCUUCAUCAUUAUCAACAACAACUCUUGUUGUUGAUGAUGAUCUUCGACUUAAAAUGGUUAAAACAGAUCAGGAACAGACAACAAAAAAAGCUCUUUUACCUGAACAACCAUCACCAUCCGUAAUUGUAUCUAAACAACCUAUAAAUAAUAAUAAUAAUAAAAAGAAAACAAAUACAAUGACACGUAAAAUUGAACGUCAUCAAGAAAAUCUUGCAUCAAAAAAUAAACAACCAGAAAUAACUCCAACAACAGUAAGUGGAAUAUCGUUACCAAAUGUAGAUGAUGGUUGGCAAGAAGUUAUUGGUAAACAAAAAAAAAUUACAAUACCACAUGAACAAUAUUCACGUAUUAUUGGACGAAGUGGUUCAAAUUUAAAUGUUUUACGUGAAGUAACUGGUGCAUCGAUUGAUGUUGAAAAUAAAAAAGCUAUUGGUGAUAAAACUAUUUUAAUUAAAGGUAAUGGUGAUUCAAUAAAACAUGCUUAUCAAUUAAUAAUGGCAUUGUUGAAAAAUUCUGAAUCGGAAUUAAUGAAUCUAUUACCAUCAAGUAAUGAAAAUAAAGCGAAAUCACGGUCAACAACAAUUACAUCUAAUAAUGAACACAAUAAUGAUGAAAUAAAUAAAGUACCAAGAACAAAUAGUACAAAUUAUGGAGCAAGAAUACAAAAUACUGAAUCUUCCGUAUCAGAUACUCAUGUAUUAACUACAUCAUCUAAACCAACAGUAAAUAGUACUCGUAUAUCGAAUGUGUCAACUAAAAAACUUGCAACAACAAAUUCUUCAAAUAUUUCCAAUCGUUUAAUAUCAUCAUCAACAAUUAAAAAUUCUCAACCAUUAACAACUACUGGUGCAACAUGGGUUAAUUCGAAUAGAACAAAUCGUGGUACAAUAUCAUCUGUAACAACAAAUUCUACGCCAUCAAAUAUAUUAAAUUCAACAACAGUAUGGAAUCAUCAACAAUUAUCAUCAAAAACAUCUUUAAAUCAUAAUAAAUUAUCAAAUACAAAUCAUUAUUCAACAAAUCAAACAAAUACUUCAUCAUCUUAUCAUUAUUCAUAUUCAAAUGUUAAUAAUUCAAUAAAUAAUCAUAAUCAUUAUGGACAUUCAUCAAAUAAACAAAUAAUAUCAUCUAAUAAACAUUAUUCAACAAAUUAUUAUCAAAAAGGUGAACAUUCAACACCAUCUGAAACAACAACAACAACAACAAUAACAGUUCAUUCAUCACCAAAUUCAGUUGUUCCAUCUCAACCAGGUCAUAGAAUUCCAGUACAACCAUCUUCAACAGUACCAACUAUUUCAUCGACAUCAUCUGAAUCUAUUUCAUCAUUAACACCAUCAUCAUCAUCUUCAUCAUCUACUUUACUUGUUACUUCAUCAACAACACCAACUCCAACUAAUGUAACAGCAGCUGGUGAAUAUAAUCCAUUUGCAUCGAAUAUUCUAACAACAUCAAUUGUUGAUGUUUUAACUAAAACUAAAGAAUCAAUAACAUCUAUUGAUGAAACAAAUUCUAAUUCAACAACAAAAAUGAAUUUUGCUAAUGUUGCAAAAAUGAAUGUACCAAUAAAAUCAUCUCAUCAUGAAUCAAUUGUUAUAACAAUGGAUGAAUCAUUAUCACCACCACCAGAUCCUAAAAUUGCUCCUGGCUAUCGUGGACCAUCAAGUGCUGGUACAACACCAAUACAUCAUCAACAACAAAUAAUUCGUACAAGAAAUUUUGAUUCGAUAUCUCCAACAUCACAAUUAAUACGUGCACCAGGUGCUAAUAGACAUCAACAAUCAAUAUCACCAUCAAUGAAUAAAAUACUUCUUGAUCAAAAUGGUCAAACUGGUUCAUCAACAACAUCAUCAACAUCAUCAUCACCUUCAUCAAUUAAACAACAAACACAUCAAUUUAUUCAACCACAACAAUUAUUUAAUUCAUUAGAACAACAACAGCAACAACAACAACCAUUUGGACCUAUUGGAUCACAUCGUACACAAAUACCAGCAACAGCUGAUGUUACAUUUAAUGAAAAUCCACUUCAAAUGAGAAGUAAAUUUAAUCGAACAUUAUCAGCUAAUAAUACUCCGAUGUAUCAACAAAUACAACAACCAACACCACCAAUGCUUAAUAAUUCAGCUUAUGCUAAUAUGUCACGUAGUAGAUCGAAUCUCAAUCCAAGUGCCCCAGAAUUUCAACAUUGUAAUCGUUUACCACCUCCAUUUAUGCCACCACCACCAUCACAAGCACCUAUAUCAAAUGGACCAUUAUCAGCAAAUAUCAUGAAUAUUGCUCGUAUGAUGGAACAAAAACAGCAACAACAGCAACAACAAAUAUACACAAAUAAUACAAAUCCUCCAGUACAUCCGCCGCCACCGCCACCACCACAGCCAAUGGCACCACCACAAGUUCUAGCACCUAUACGUCCAUUUCAACAAGCCGAUAUGGAAGCAAUGCAACAACAUGUACAAAAUCAAGUUUUACAUUUUUGGCGUUUACAUGCCAAUCAACAACCUCUUAUACCACCACCACCACAAUUACCAACAACAUUACAAAUAGCUAAUAUAUUAGCAUCGAAAGGACAAUUACCACAAGAUCCAAAUCAAGCAGCAGCACUUGUUGCUGCUUAUUAUUAUACAAAUUUUCUAUCACGAACACAACAACCACAACCACCAACAAAUACUAUUCCGUUGUCGUCUAAUGUAAAUAAAACAGUCUAUGAGACGAUUAAUAUACAACAACCAACUACUUCAAACAGUGAUGAUAUACCAUUGACUGCAGUUGAUCCAAUAAAUGGACCAGUUCAAGCACAAGUGAUUGUUGAUCCGAAUGUUAUCAUUGCUAAUAGUAAUCAUUCAAGUGGUUCUUCAUCAUCAUCAUCAUCUACAAGUACUAGUGGUGACCACAAAAUGGUACCAGCUGCAAUUGGUAGCGAACGUAAACGUCAUUUGCCUAUACCAAUCGGUAGUACUGGUGAUUGGUCUUCCGUUUCAAAACAACCAUAUCCAAUGGAUCCAUAUCUAUCCCAGCAGCAGCAAGCUCCACUAUCAUCCGAAUAUCAACAACAAUCGAUGCGCGACUAUACACGUUAG